AUAGCGAUUGCAUGAAAAAAUGGCAGGAAAGCACAUCCCAAGAUCGAAAUCGCGAAUCCUCCUGAUUGUUCUCUCCCUGUUAGGGUUCUCACUACUGUUGUUCCUCUUCUCUCUCCCUCCACUCCGCACUCCCUCUUCCAUUCAUUUCAACGUUCUCAAUGCAGAGACUUCAUUCGUGGCCUCACUGGAGCACUUCCUCACUCACACUCAAAAAACAAUUCUCGACGACACAGUGAGAGAUGCAGUUAGCGAAGAAGAGGUGAGGAAGCUCGACGAUGCUGUCUAUCGCUCCGAGAUGGAUCGGUUAUAUUCGGAUCCUUUCUACCCGGUUGGUCUUCCCCUUAGGGUUUACGUCUACAACAUGCCGUCAAAAUUCACCUUCGAUUUGCUUUGGCUCUUUCUUAAUACCUACAAGGACACCUCUAAUCUCACCUCUAAUGGUAGCCCCGUUCAUCGUCUCAUCGAACAGCACUCUAUUGAUUAUUGGCUCUGGGCAGAUCUCAUUGCUCCCGAAUCGGAAAGGUUGUUGAAAAGUGUUGUUAGGGUUCAUCGUCAGGAGGAGGCUGAUUUGUUCUACAUUCCCUUCUUCACCACCAUAAGCUUCUUCCUCAUGGAAAAACAACAAUGCAAGGCCCUUUAUAGGGAAGCUUUGAAGUGGAUCACCGAUCAACCUGCAUGGAAGCGCUCUGGCGGAAGAGAUCACAUACUCCCUGUGCAUCAUCCCUGGUCUUUUAAGUCUGUUCGGAGAUACGUGAAGAAAGCAAUAUGGCUGUUGCCAGAUAUGGAUUCCACUGGAAACUGGUACAAGCCAGGUCAGGUUUUUCUGGAGAAAGACCUUAUUCUUCCUUAUGUUCCCAAUGUUGAUUUAUGUGAUGCCAGAUGUUUAUCUGAAACGAAUCAGAAGAGAAGCACACUGCUUUUCUUUCGCGGUCGGCUCAAAAGAAAUGCGGGAGGAAAGAUACGCUCUAAACUUGGAGCUGAAUUAAGUGGAGCUAAUGGUGUGGUUAUAGAGGAGGGAACAGCUGGAGAGGGGGGAAAAGAAGCAGCCCAAAGAGGCAUGCGCAAGUCUCUGUUUUGCUUAAGCCCAGCUGGUGACACUCCAUCCUCUGCUAGAUUAUUUGAUGCUAUUGUCAGUGGAUGCAUUCCACUUAUAAUAAGUGAUGAGCUGGAGCUUCCUUUCGAAGGAAUACUUGAUUACAGGAAGAUAGUGGUAUUUGUUUCUUCUAGUGACGCCGUGAAGCCUGGUUGGCUUUUGAAAUAUUUAAAAGGCAUUAGACCUGCUCGUAUAAAAGAAAUGCAACAAAAUCUUGCCAAGUACUCAAGGCAUUUCCUGUAUUCCAGUCCGGCGCAACCAUUGGGUCCUGAAGACUUGGUUUGGAAAAUGAUGGCUGGCAAGUUGGUAAACAUCAAGCUUCAUUCCCGAAGAUCUCAACGUGUAGUGGAAGGAUCUAGAAAUCUGUGCACUUGCGAUUGCAGGCCUGGCAACAUCACUAAUACUGGUUCAAUACUCUCUUGAGUCAUUUUGUUUUCUUUAUAACUGUAAUUUCUACGGUUUUGCUCUUUUUCUUUUUCUUGUAAUUGUCUACUGCGAAUUUUGUAUUCUUUGGUGGGCUAUUUUGUUGUAUUAUUUAGAUAAUACUUGACAGAAGAAAGAAUUUAUAUGUUAUCUUCUGUAGAAUG